CCAGAAUUUUCACCUGUUGCCUUUUGCUAUCACUUUGCUCCUGUUGGAUGGGAGAAAUGGUUUCUGGUGAAUGCAAUGGAACAAAACGGUUACCACGGAUUUAUUUUAAACAUAUGUGUCAUCAUAUUGUGAUUUAAACAAUUUAGUAUGGUGCAGAGGCCACACAACUUCUUCUGAUCUAAAAUAACUCUCCAGUUACUUUCUUUAUAAGGCCAGAGGAAAAGAUGUCCGACCGAUGUUCACUGCAUCCCGUUUCCAGGGUUGCCGGCAGCAAUGCUCAGCCGGACAGAGCCCCGCGCUCCAGGCCGGGGUUCCUCGGCGCGGGGACCUGCUGCCGCCCCUGGCCGGUCCCCCGAGAUGGCCGGCCCGGCUGUGCCGGCGCAGGGAGCGGCCCCCGGCGCGGCGCGGUCGGGGGCGGGGCGUGGCAGGGGCAGCCCGGUGCCGGCGGGGAGUCUGUCCCCGGCGUGCUGGGCUCCGCCGUCUGUCUUGCUUCCCGCUUUCCCGACCCAGCAGCACCGUUGCGCAGCUCCCGCGGACCGGCCGGGACGGGACGUGUCGGGAGCUCGGCGGGGCUCGGGGCUUGCGAGGCGAGGCGAGGCGAGGCUGGACGGCCGGGGCAGGGGCCGAGGCCGCCCGGCGCUGGCGGCGGGGGGCGGCGGGGGCCCGGCGCGGCGCGGUGCCGUCGGGGCCCGGCGGAUGGCGGCGGCGGGUGGCAUCGCUACGCUGCCCGACGACGGCGGCAGCGGCGCUUUUCCCCCGGGGCAUUUCAAGGACCCCAAGCGCCUGUACUGCAAGAACGGCGGCUUCUUCCUGCGCAUCAACCCCGACGGGAAGGUGGACGGCGUCCGCGAGAAGAGCGACCCGCACAUCAAACUGCAGCUUCAAGCAGAGGAACGAGGAGUGGUGUCCAUCAAAGGUGUCAGUGCCAAUCGCUUCCUGGCCAUGAAGGAGGAUGGCAGAUUGCUGGCUUUGAAAUAUGCAACAGAAGAAUGUUUCUUUUUUGAACGUUUGGAAUCCAAUAACUAUAACACUUACCGGUCACGGAAAUACUCAGAUUGGUACGUGGCACUGAAAAGAACUGGACAGUAUAAACCUGGACCAAAAACUGGACCUGGACAGAAAGCUAUCCUUUUCCUUCCCAUGUCUGCUAAAAGCUGACUUCCAUGGCAGAUUCUGAGCACCAAUGCCACACAGCACUAAAGAUGUCGCCUUUCCUGCUCCUCUCCAAAGUAGCCAAAUAUAAGCAAUUAUUUGCUGAUACUAAAACUACUUUUGCAGAUACCAGAUUAAACCAUGAAUGUUUAA